AUGGGGACGACGGAACCUGUGAAUGCAGAGGAUUUAUUGAAAACGAAUCCUAAUGAUUUAUCGGGGAGGAUGGCGGAACAAACCAGAGACCACUGCAUUUCUUUUAUUCUGAUUCUGAGAGGUCAUGAGCCAGUAAUCGCCGAUAUGCCUACAAAGGAUGUUAUUGUUGCUGUGAUCAAGGAAGGAAAAUUAAAUACAAUUCUAGAAAGAUCAGAAGUGAUCAGAGCAAUUGUACGUACUCGUAAAGAACUCAAACGCGACAACGGGAUGAUAAUACGAUAUGAUGACAAUGCUGCCGUUGUCAUUGAUCAAGAAGGAAAUCCAAAAGGAACUCGAAUUUUUGGUGCGAUCGCCCGGGAAUUGAGACAGUUAAAUUUCACUAAAUAG